AUGGCUGACAACAUCUACAUAUCAUAUCCCCCACCAUUGACUCCAGAACAGGAGGAAUACCUGGUUCAGACAGUCAAAAACUGGACCAUAGAGCACGCCCUUACCGUGCGGCCUUCGACAGCAAUUGUACCUAAAGAUAUUAAUCCCAACAAUGUACUGGCCACUAAUGCACCUGUCACUUUGUUCCCAAGUCCUUUCCCCAAGGCAUGUUUCGAGCAGGCUAGAAGUCUUCAAAAGGUAUAUAAUGAGCUAUAUGCUACUAUUGCUAGCGAUGAAGAGUGGCUCGAGGAUAUCCUUCAGGAACUAAUCAAGGUUGACGACUUCCUCGCCAAUCUAUGGAAAAUCCACCUGUCCGUCAAGGAGGAAGGUUAUGUCCAAGACCUAUCACUAGGGAUGUUCCGGUCAGACUAUAUGCUCCACACUCCUGGGGAUAGCCCUCCUUCUCUCAAGCAAGUGGAAUUCAACACGAUAUCUUCCUCGUUUGGAGGACUAGCUGUGAAGGUAGCCAAGCUACACACACAUCUAGCCACUUAUCCAUCAGUAAAGCGGCCUCUUGCAUACCCAUCACAUCCACUAUUCGCCCACUCGGACCAAACCAAUUCUCCUUCACCUUCAAUAACCACCAUCGGACAUCCUCCUCCAAAUGAUGCAGUAAUCACGUUAACAGCUUCCCUCGCAGCUGCCCAUGAAGCUUAUGGCCCUUCAAAGUCCAGGCCUCAACUGCCUACGUGCGUCAUCUUCCUUGUACAAGAUGAUGAGCGUAAUGUCUUUGAUCAAUACGCCCUGUCAUCGGAGCUAUGGAAUCAACACAAGGUCCCUUCGUUCCGCCUUGCAACUAGCAAAAUUCUAGCCUUGACAACAAUCCCUUCUAAGGACGAGAAUCCAAAUCGACCCUUGAUAUAUACUCCGCCUUCCUCACCAGCAACUCAAUACGAGAUCUCGGUUGUUUAUUUCCGGGCUCUUUAUGCUCCUGCUGAAUACGAUGCUCCCACCUCAUGGGCAGCGAGACAUCACAUCGAACGAAGCGCCGCUGUCAAAUGUCCCAGCAUUCUCCUACACUUAUCUGGAUCCAAGAAAAUACAACAAGUGUUGACAUCACUGCCUCCCGAUACCGAUCAUUUAAAAAACUUCCUCCCUCACUAUCCCGAGUCCACACUGAACAGUCUCAGGACGACAUUUGCACCACAAUACUCACUAUCUUCGCCCGACCCUAAUAUCGAGCCUGAAGGCGUCCGCCUCGCCCUUUCCCCCGACAGCGCGGCGAAUCAUGUCCUGAAACCUCAACGCGAAGGCGGCGGCAACAACAUAUACCGUGACAAAAUCCCAUCCUAUCUUCAAUCGAUACCGACGUCGCAAUGGAAACAAUAUGUUCUUAUGGAAUUGAUCCACCCACCAACAAAUGCCAAAAAUACUGUUCUGCGAAGCGAUGGUCAGGUUGUCGGUGGAAAUGUCAUCUCUGAACUCGGUAUCUUCGGAGGCUGUCUUUACCGAAGUGGGAACGGAAGCAAGAAGCCGGAGAUCUUACACAAUAGUGAGGGCGGAUACCUUCUGAGGACAAAGGGCAAAGACAGUGAUGAAGGCGGUGUCGCGGCUGGUUUCAGUUCGUUGGAUAGUAUAAUUCUAUACGAAGAUGCUUAA